AUGGCAAAACAUUGCAGUUUAAAACAAUCUUUCAGGAGUAGACCUUCGCGGCUUCAAAGCGGAUCCACGUCACUAGGAAACCUUCUGGGGCCAAGUCGCCGUGAGAAGGAAACGAAAACUGCGCCUGCGUCAACAGAAAUUGCUCCAAUUCAAGCCCCUCAAUCUGCUGCUGUUGCUGCACCUGAAGAUACAUUGAGGACCAGAAGAUUGGAAAAUGAGGUGGAGCGCUUAAAUCGAGAGAUAGAAGAGCUUAAAAGACGUAAAAAAGAGGAUGAGCAAGAUCUUGAAAGACUGUGGAAGGAGAAGCUAGCAAAGAAAGAUCGCGAACGUCAAGACGAACUAAACGAUUUGCAAAGUGCUCAUCAAAAACAGCUCUCCAAACUAGACAGCGAACAUAGUGAAGAGCUUGAAAGGUUAAAAACCACUUAUGAUCGUCAAUUGGAAACCAUCCAGCAAUCAGCUAGCCAGUGGAGCUCAAAACGGAAAGCAAAUUUUUGUUCAACGGGAGCAACGAAUCUUUAUAGGGAUGUGAGUACCGUGGUGGAUAAAGUCGACAGUCUCUCUACAACUAUAAAUCAGCUUGCGGACAAUGUCACCACCGUGACAGAACGUACUCUAAUUGAAAAGGAGACAGCGCUGAAGUUGAAAGAGUUGCAAUUGGAAAAUCGCGAGCAAAGGUUGCUCGAGGAUAAGGCCCAAUUUGACGAUGAGCGCAAAAAAGUCUAUGAGUUAAACGCUAAGCUAAAUGAGCUGUGCAAAGGACAAGAGACAGUUAUGGAACAGGACAAAUACCGAGUCCGAGAGGAGUGGAACCGUCUCAAUGCUGAGAAAGCUGUAUUUAAGGAAGAUCAGCGUUUUAUACUAGAAAAUAUCGAAAAGCAAAAAGCUGCACUGGACAGGUCUAAGGUAAGAGUUGUAGAUGUUUUAGUGCCAGCAAAACUAGCCUAGAG